GUCAAGCUGUUCCUGCCGGGUCACACGUACGAUUAAAUCUGCAGACGGGAGACAGAGAAGCCAAGCUCGCAGAUAGCGAAAAUGGAAGAAGUGACAGCAGAGAAAAGAGAAGAAAAAGGCACAGUGAUGCAAAGCAUCACAGGCUGGGCAAGGUGGAUGUUGAUUCAAAUUCAUUCACAUCCCAGGAGCUCAAAAAGGUGUUGGCUAAAAUGAAGGAAAGUGAGAAGGCAGAAAGAAAGGCCCACGAGGAAGAGGUGAGGAAGAAGUUCCGGCCCAUAGAGCAGCUGAAGGAAGAGUUUGAAAAGCUGAACGUGAAGGUGGAAACAGAUUAUGAAAUUAUGGUUAAAUUAAUCAGCAAAUUCAACAGCUCUGCCUCCACGCUGGAUGAAAAAGUAGCAGCGCUUUAUGAUCUUGAAUAUUAUGUUCACCAGGUGGACAAUGCUAAGGACUUCCUCGCCAUGGGUGGGCUCCGGCUUGUGAUCGAUGGGCUGAACAGCACCGAGGCCGUGCUGAAGGAGCAUGCUGCCUUCGUCCUGGGAGCCGCACUGUCCAGCAACCCCAAAGUCCAGAUAGAAGCGAUUGAGGGGGGUGCGCUGCAGAAGCUCCUGGUGAUCCUGGCUACAGAACAACCCCUGACUGCCAAGAAGAAGGCUCUCUUUGCGUUGUCCUCCAUGCUGAGACACUUCCCCUACGCCCAGCAGCAGUUCCUCAAGCUGGGCGGCCUCCAGGUCCUCAGGAGCCUCUUCAGGCAGAAGGGGAUGGAGACCCUGCACGUCCGUGUGGUGACGCUGCUCCAUGACCUCAUCGUGGAGAAGAUGCUGCUUGAGGACUCGCGGCACGGAGAUCAAGUGGAAGAGAAAAUCCAGCAGUACCGGCAAGUCAAGCUGGUCCCCGCGGUGGUGGAGCAGGACUGGUGUGUGGUCGUUUCCAACCUGCUAGCCAUGCCGGAGCACGACACCCGGGAGAAGGUCCUCAAGACGGUGGGCGUGCUGAUGGCCUUCUGCAAGGAGCGCUACCGGGGGGACCCGGCCCUCAGCACCACCCUCGGCCUCCUGCGCAGUGAGUACGAGGAGCUGGCGGCGGAGGAGCAGAGGGAAGGUGACACAGAUGGCUACUUCAAGGAACUCCUUGGCUCUGUAAACACCAUCAUUCAGGAAUUAAGAUGA